CUAUUAUUGAUCUAUCAGAAAUUUCUAACGGAUCAUGUCCGUCAGAAAAUUUCAUCAGCGAAGCUCUUAUUUCUAGCAGUGAAAGCUCUCAGGCCCCGAUCGAUUCUCCUCUCUCUCCUCCUCUUCCUCUCCCACCCCUUGGCGCCACCACUGUUGGAUCAUCCGAAGGGGGAGAUGGAGAUGGUUCUCUUCAUCUCUCACUCUCUCAAUGCCACCACUGUCGAAUCGUUCGGACAUGGAGUCAGAACCGUUGGCAGAGGGGUCCUUAGAAGAGACGUUGGCGGAGGGGUUCCAAAAGAGAAGAUCAGGCGGAGAUGUGUCCCUGGAAAAGAUGUUGGCAGAGGGGUCUCGAAAGAUGAGAUCAAGCAGAGAUGGAGAUGGAUCGUUUGGAGAUGGAGACGGAAGGAGCUUUACAUCUGAGGACCUCCACACAUGCCAAGAGCUUCUACAGGGACCAAUUAAAGAUGGAUUGUACCACCUCCACCCCAAUGCUAGCUGUUCUUUGAACCCACAGGCUCUCCUAUCUACCUCUGAUUCGACUGUCUUAUGGCACCAACGUUUAGGUCAUGCUUCAUUUUUCAUUGUUCAGUGUAGUUUAUCUUCUAGUAUUUCUUUAAAUAAAGAUCAUACUAUCCAUGUCUGUUUGGCAUGCUAUAUGGGUAAGAUUGUAAACUGCUCUUUUCCACCUACCAUGAAUAAAAGUUCUAUAUUAUUUGAACUUGUGCAUACAGGCAUUUGGGGUUUGGCACCUAUUACUUCUUAUUCUGGUCAUUUAUAUUAUAUUCAUUUUUUUGAUGAUUAUAGCAAAUAUUCUUGGUUCUUUGUCAUGAAAAAUCAUUCUGAUGUUACACAAAUAUUUCGUGCUUUUCGCUUGCAAGUUGAGAAUCUUUAUUCCUAUAAAUUAAAGAAUCUUCAAUCUGAUGGUGCUAAGAAAUUUUUUUCCCAUGACUUUCAAAAUGAAUUACAAAAUAAUGGCAUUUUUCAUCAUAUAUCAUAUCCACAUACACCUCAGCAAAAUGGCACUGCUAAGCGAAAAUAUAGACACAUUGUUGACAUGGGUCUUACUCUUCUUACUCAUUCUCACCUACCUCCAAAGUUCUGAGACUAUGCGUUUGAAACAUCUAUUUUUCUUAUCAACUGUCUUCCCACUAAAUCUCUCCAUUUUCAGUCACCUUAUCAACUUUUGUAUGGAUGCACUCCAGAUUAUAAUUUUCUUCGUGUCUUUAGAUGUUUGUAUUUUUCCUAUCUUCAGCCCUACACACAACACAAACUUGAACCACAUUCUCGACCCUGUGUCUUCUUUGGAUAUCCUCAACAUUACUUUGGAUAUAGAUGUUUAGAUCUUGCCACUGGUCGUAUUUUUCUUUGUCGUAUGGCAGUGUCUAAUGAAUAUUCUUUUUCCUAUGGGUCCAAAACAUCUACAUCGAUCAGUUUCAGUACAACCCGUGCAAGCUCCAUGAACGCUUCUGGUGCAUCUUGCCCUCCCUCUAACUUCUAUACCCUACCUGUUCUACCAUCUAGACCAUCCACUGAUAAUUUGGUGAUUGAUCCUCUCUCUUCGACUGGCACGACUUCUGAUGUCUCUGAGCCACCUUGUUCACCAUGAUGGACUCAUCACAUGGUGACUCGUUCUCAUGAUGGCUCUCUUCCUCCACCUCAGUUCGUUAUCUCCAGGCAUCCAGCUGCCUUUUCUGUUUCUACUAUUUUUCAAGAACCAAAAUCUUUUACUAUGGCUCAGAAAGAUCCCAAAUGGGUCCAGGCAAUGUAGAAAGAAUAUCAGGCUCUUAUUCAGAAUCACACAUGGAAUUUUGUUCCGCCUUCUUCUACGUAAAAUGUCAUUGGCUACAAAUGGGUCUAUAAGAUCAAGCAGCAUGCUGAUGGCACCAUUGAUUAUUAUAAGACCCGUCUUGUGGCUAAAGAUUUCAAUCAACAGGAAGGGAUUGACUAUGAGGAGACGUUUAGCUCUAUUAUCAAACUAGUUACUAUUCGAACUAUCCUGUCCAUUGCAAUUUCUUUUGGUUGGCCUAUCUGAUAACUUGAUGUUAAAAAUACAUUCUUAUAUUGAAAAAAUAUAUAUGAAACAACCGUCUGGAUUCUCAGAUACUUCUCACCCUCAUUUUAUUUGUUGGUUAUGGCGAUCUCUAUAUGGUCUUAAACAGGCCCCACAGGCAUGGUUCCAAUGCCUGAGUAGCUUUCUUCAGCACCUUGGCUUUUCUAGUUCUCAGACAGAUUCUUUUCUAUUUCUACUACGACGAUCUAGUUAUAUGGUGCUUUUCUUGAUCUAUGUUGAUGAUAUUAUCCUCACUGGCAUACCUGGUGCUCCAUUCAUGUCUCUUCUCAUUGAUCUCAGUCAAAAAUUUCUAGUGAAGGAUUUGGACCCUCUUCAUUAUUUUCUUAGUAUUGAGGUGUUUCUAGUUCCUAUGGUCUUCAUCUUACACAGUCAAAGUAUAUCAUGAUGUUCUAAUCUAUUGUGCUAUGCUUGACUGUAAGCCUCUCUAUACUCCUGUUGCUGUGGGGUCUCAUCUCUCCUUAUUUGAUGAUGAUCUGUAUGACAACCCCUCUUUCUAUUGAUGUGUGGUUGGCAGUCUUCAAUAUCUCACCCUCACAAGACCUGAUAUUGCUUAUGCCGUUAAUCAAGUCUGUCAAUUUAUGCAUAGGCCUAUCACGUCUUAUUGGGCAGCCAUCAAACGAAUCCUUCAUUAUUUGAAAGGUACCAUUACUCAUGGACUCUUUCUUCAAUGUGGUUCUUUAUCUCUUUCGCAUAGUUAUUCUAAUACUGAUUGGGCUGGCAACCCUGAUGUUCAACGCUUGAUUAGUGGAUAUGCUAUUUUUCUGGGACCAAAUCUUAUCUCUUGAUCAUCUAAGAAGUAACAUACUAUUGCUCGAUCAAGCAUAGAGUCUGAAUACAAAAAUUUAGCUAACGCCACUGCUGAACUCAUUUGGAUACAGCCUUUGCUUUGUGAACUUUGUCUACAACUUCGCUCUCCUCCGACUAUGUGGUGCGAUAAUCUCUCUGCUAUCUAUCUCACGGCUAAUCCUGUGUUCCAUGCUCGCACCAAACCCAUUGAAAUUGAUAAUCAUUUUGUUCGGGAGCGUGUCUUUCAAAAGCCGUUAUCCAUUGGUUUUAUUAAUUCCAAUGAUCAGCUUACUGAUGGGCUUACUAAGAGACUUGCUUCACUACGCUUUGUAUUUCUGUGGUCCAAACUCAAUGUGCUUGACUCCCCAUUAUGCUUGCGGGGAGGUAAUAGAGCUAAAUCUUCAUAGUAGGAUAUUUAUGAUUUUAGAAUCUUAUGUAAUCAUCUAUGAUUCAAAUCUUCAUAGUAGGAGAUUUAUGAUUCUGUGUAAUCUUGUAUUAAUAGUAGAAUCAUUGUGUAAUUAUCUAUGAUUCUGUGUAAUCUUGUAUAAUCAUUUGUAAUCAGAUUUAUAUCAUCUAUCCCUCUAUUAAACAUAGUAGACUC